UGACACACAACUAAACUCGCAAAGGACAAACAGAGGUAGCAACUCACAGACACGCGUCAAGAGUUUCCAGAGGGGACCAUAGCUUGCAACAACGCGGAACCCACGAGGCUAUGGACAGGAGGAUGAACUUGAACGGCGGACCAGGGGACAUUUUUCACAAAACUCUGAGCGCCGUGUCCACUAAAAAAAUGGACCCUUUCAGAUCGUCGGCCGGCAUUGAACUAGCAGCCAGAGACCGCCAGUCACCGAUCAGCUGCUUUGACCAGACUGAUCCAGACCCGAUUCAGCCCGGGGGACUGGCAGGAGGCAGAGGGGGGUCACUGGGUCUGCCGACCGGAUCUUUGUGCGUCAAGUACGGUGAAGGCGCCAAUAGGACCUCGGCGGCGGAGAGCAGCGGCGGAGAGCAGAGCCCCGACGAUGACAGUGACGGCAGGUGUGACAUGGUCCUUCUAACUGACGGGCGGACGGUGGCCGCGGGGAAAACAGAAGGAGGUAAGAAAACCAAAGAGCAGAAAUUACUGAGGCUAAACAUCAAUGCCAGAGAAAGACGACGAAUGCAUGAUCUGAACGACGCACUGGAUGAGCUCAGAGCGGUCAUCCCCUACGCGCACAGCCCCUCAGUACGGAAACUCUCCAAAAUUGCCACUUUGCUGCUUGCCAAAAACUACAUCCUUAUGCAGGCGCAAGCGCUGGAGGAGAUGAGGAGGCUAGUGGCGUAUCUCAACCAGGGCCAAGCCAUCUCUGCUGCCUCGAUACCGGCCACCACUGCACUCGCAGCUCCCGGCUUAGGCGCGUACGAGCAGCCGCCUGGAUAUCCCUUCUCCACCGGAGUGGCUGCGUCCUCUUGCCCCGAUAAAUGUGCCCUAUUCAACAACGCCACAUCCAGCCUCUGCAAACAGUGCACUGACAAGCCUUAGCCGCGGCUGACAAAGACUCAAAGACGCACAGGAGAGAACAGACACCACUUUUGAGAACACUUUUGGAGAGGAAAAGCUGUGAGGCUACUGUUGUUGAAGUCAGUAGGCUAGAGACAAAGAAGUAAUGCCGAUGAAUACUUUUAUAAUAUUUACUAAAUGCAUUCAAAACGCUUUUUUGUUCAAACAAUACUUGAUUGUGUAUAUACAUCAUCCUUAAAGUGCUGGUAUGAAUGACAGUGAAGACCAAACAUAAGUACAGUAGGCCUGUAAGAGUGGCUGCAAGUGUUGAGUGAGUUGUUGAUCAC